AAUCCAUCCCACCCUUUUCAUCGAGUCCUUCAUCCAAAUUUCCUACACUCCAACUCGUCCAUGGAUAGCUCAGUUGCUCCUGUCACCAUAGACAAUGCCCACCGUCAAAACCCCACCAAACUCUCUUCUCAAAAAAAGCCCUCCAAAGGAGGGUGGAAAGCAGCCUUUUUUGUUAUCUCUGUUGAGAUGGCCGAGCGAUUUGCUUUCUACGGAUUGGCUGGAAAUCUGAUCACAUACCUCACAAACAAUCUCGGAGAACCAGUGGUCACCGCAGCCAAGAACGUCAAUACAUGGGUUGGGGUCUCCGCCAUCUUCCCUUUGCUCGGAGCCUUCAUUGCCGAUUCAUACCUCGGUCGCUUCAAGACCAUCCUUGCCUCCUCUGUCAUCUACUUCUUGGGAAUGGUGUUAUUGAGCUUAUCAGUGUCAGUAAUCCCUAUGCAUUCCCGCAAAGCUGUGUUUUUCACAGCGCUUUACGUAUUAGCCAUUGGCGAAGGAGGCCAUAAACCAUGCGUUCAAACCUUCGCUGCUGACCAGUUCGAUGAGAACAAUCCUGAAGAAAAGGCAGCCAAAAGCUCAUUUUUCAACUGGUGGUACCUUGGGAUCGUUACAGGCGCCUCAGUGGCCAUCGUUGUCGUCAUUUAUCUCCAGGAUAAUGUUAGUUGGGCAGCAGGAUUUGGGGUGUUAUCAGGGUCAUUAGCGGUAGCAUUGGUGGUGUUUCUAAUUGGGAUCAGGAAGUACCGAAAGCAACGGCCGACAGGGAGUCCGUUCACCUCUGUGGCUCAGGUCUUUGUCGCCGCUGCAAAGAAGUGGCGCGUGAGUGAAACCCACGGUGGCAGGGGAAUUUGCUAUGAAGAUGAUAGAAGAGGUGGGAGCCACGUCAAAGGUCAAACCAUGGGUCGCGACUUGGUCCGUACAAGACAGUUCAGAUUUCUAGAUAAAGCAAUGAUCAUCGACGAUAAAGACACCUUGGGCAAAACUAGGGAUCCAUGGCGGCUUUGCUCAUUGAACCAAGUUGAAGAAGUGAAGCUUGUUCUUCGCCUUAUCCCCAUAUGGCUUGGUUGCUUAAUGUUCAGUGCUGUAAUAACUCAAUUACACACAUUUUUCACCAAGCAAGGCAGCACAAUGUUGAGAUCAAUAGGUCCCAAUUUUCAAGUCCCUCCGGCAGCACUUCAAAGUCUUGUAGGCCUUACAAUCCUCAUCGCCGUCCCGAUUUAUGAUCGGGUUUUCGUCCCCAUCGCUCGAAAAAUAACUGGACAUCCCUCUGGAAUAACAAUGCUACAAAGGAUCGGUACCGGCCUAUUCAUUUCCAUAUUGAACAUGGUUGUUGCAGGCCUAGUAGAGACGGCUAGGGUCAACACUGCCACCAAACAUGGCCUAAUGGAUGCCCCGAAAGCCGUAGUCCCAAUGAGCGUAUGGUGGUUACUUCCUCAAUAUGUGCUCACCGGACUAGGAGACGUUUUUACAAUCGUCGGAUUACAAGAAUUGUUCUACGAUCAAAUGCCGGAAGAAAUGAGAAGCAUUGGGGCAGCUGCAUAUAUAAGUGUAGUGGGAGUUGGGAGCUUUAUAAACACAGCUGUAAUCUCAGUGGUUCAAGUCAUUAGUUCAAGGCAUGGGAAAGAAUGGUUGGGAGAUAAUCUAAACCGUGCAAAACUUAAUUACUUUUAUUGGGUAUUGGCAGGGUUGAGUGCUUUUAAUUUGUGUGCUUAUAUUUGGAUUUCUAGGAGAUUUGUGUAUAAAAAAGUUGAAAAUAAUGAUGAAAGAGUUGGUGAGGGGAAAGAGUCGGGAAUGGGAGGCUAUUUGGACGUAAAAGUAUGAAAUUUGGAGCUAUUUCGAUGUAAAAAAAUGCAUGUGUUACAACUUAGUAAUUAUAUUAUAUUAUUAUAUUAUAUUAAUCAAAAGUUCAAAUACAAAAGUAGUUAACUA